AUGACACUAAUCGAGAUUUUGAGACGAAGCGAAUAUACUAAAUUAUUUCUCUCUAAAGCCCAACAAUUAGCAGAGGCUAUGGCUAAUUUCCGAAAUUUAGAGCAAAAAAGACGUGAUAAUUAUCGCUUGGAUGUUAAAAGUUACAUUCCCUUAAAUAUUUCAGCUUUGGAUGAUAAUCCACCAAUGUGUGAGGUUUCUACCUUGAAUAUUAAGGAUGACCGGCUACCAUCUUUUUCAAAAGCCGAUAUUAAAACCUUUUUUGACCUGCUUGAAAAGAUUCGUCCUAUAAUUUUGUCUCAAGCAUCAUUAUUUAAAUCACAAAUUGUUGCUUCUUCUUCCUUAUUCAAAACCCGGGAUCAACAGACAAUUCAGCAAACUGUUAUUGAUAUUUUAUCAACCUUACAUUCAAAAUCGGUCAAAUCAUACACCCAAAUAGAAAAGAUGGAUUUAGAAUUCGAUAAAAUCGUAGAAAAGAGUU